CGAUGAAUUACCAUCUACAUCAGCAGCAGCAGCACACACACUCUCACACAGAGGAAAACAAUUACUUCGCAUCAAAGAGAUAAAGUAAAAUAAGCGCAUCAGAACCAUGUCAGCGGCUGGUAGAGUUGAUGACGAGCCGACAACGAUACCAGCUACUCAGGAACCACCAUCCUCAGGCCCAUCGACGCCAGCGGUGGCCGAAAUAGCCGCUUCUAGUAUUCGUUCGGGAUUGGCCGAGCUGGAGCUCAGAUCGUCCCAGGUCCUGCAGCGACUGGAGAAUGUGAAGACCGUGCCGGGUACGGGUGCGGGUGCAGGUGGCGACAGUCCGAACGGAGCCAGCGCCAAUGAUGUCGAGGAGGAAUCCGAUCCGCAUACGGUGGGUAAAGAGUUAGAUCAACUGCCGUUCACCCAGCUGCGUCCUGAGCAUCGUGUGCCCUCAGAUAUACUGAAGUCGUUGGAACAACUAGUGGCUUACACGGACAGCGUUGAUGAUCCCGAGUUCCCCCUACCGGCCCUCGACGAUGUCUCUCAUCUGGCCCUUAUCUCUCACAGCAUUGUGGCGUAUCUGUCGCAUCUAGACCGGCAGCAUUUGCUGCGUGUGACUAAUAGCAUAUCCGGAGAUGCCACCCGCUGGCUGGGCACACUGUUCCACUUCACCAAUCCAGCCAGCAGCUUUCACGCAGAUAAUGCUGAUGCCAUUCUACGCACCGUGCGCCUGGCCAUCGUCGCCCGGUGCCCCGGCUAUCUAGAGGGUGGGAUUCCGGCCCUGGCUCAGCCCUGCUUCUACAUUUCCGAGAAUACGACACCGGUGAGGCUGCAGUAUGCCUGCCGCCAGCUGGGCAUCCCGGUAGACGCCAUUAAAAUCAUACCCGAGCACAGUCAGUACGGCACCAUGGACCUGACCCAAUUGCAGAAGCAAAUCCAACUGGAUUUGUCGGCCAGUAGGACCCCCCUGCUGGUGGUAGCGGACAUUGGGGCAUCGCUAUGUGGCUACGUGGACAGCCUGCAGCGACUGCGGGACGUGUGCAAGCCGCACAACAUGUGGCUUCAUGCCAGUGGCCAUGGCCUGGCCGCUCUCGUGUGUGCCCAGAGCCGGGGCCAUGUCGACGAUGUCCUGCACUCGAUGGCCCUGAAUUUGGGCAGCUGGCUGGGAGUUCCCAGUCUGCCCAUUGUCCUGUUGCAUCGUCCACUCCUGAACAGUGCUCUAAGUGCCUUCGAAUCCGAUCCGAUCCUGUCGCGACGCCUCAACUCGCUGUCGCUGUGGACCAGUCUGCAGGCGCUGGGCAGGAAAGCGAUUGCCGAGCGCCUCCAUGUGGCAUUUCAGACAUGCAGUAUUCUAUUCGAAAUCGCCUCCAAAUGCGAGGGUAUUCGUGUGCUGAGUCACACACCCGGGGCACAGACUGGUGCCUCUCUGUCGGACAUUAUCCAGAGUCCAUUCGAUGUUAACACUUUAUUUGACGCGGCUGCACCCGUGGUGGCGUAUCAGUUCGAUGGCAGCACAACCAUUCCAAUUUCCGGCAACCUCGAGGCGGCCGAACGCGAGACGGGAGGCCUCAAGCCCCUGGAGAAGAUCAACAAUGCUUCCUAUUUUGAUCGCCUCAACUCCUGGCUGGGCCAGAUCUUGCAGCGUGACUGCCCCAAUUUUGACUUUGAAGUGAUUGAGCAUCCCACACAUGGCAGCUGCAUUCGCUAUUGUCCCCUGGAACUGGGCCUCGGGGAGCAGCCACCCAGCUCUGAGAAUCUGGAAAGCUUCGCCCAGAGUCUGGAGGCUCAUGUGGACAUUUUGCGGGCCACCAUCAAGCACAAGGCACGAUUCAUUUACCUGGUGGAGCGCAGCGAGGUGUUGCGUCUCGUUCCCCUACCCGAAUGGGCGGGCAUGGGCGGUGUUCGGUUUGUUCCUGAGAGCUGGGAGUCUCUACUGACGGAUCAGGCCAAAACCGAGCUGAACAAGCUCAACAUUGAUUUGGUCGAGACUCUCAAGUCAACGGACAAUGCCUUCUCGCUGGGCGAGGGCACUGACGGACUGAUUUGUGUGCGCUUUGGCAUGGUCACUCACGAGACCGAGGUGGAGGAGCUCCUUGAUUUGGUUGUCACUGUGGGCAAGAGUGUCCAGGAGAACUCGCGAGUGUUGGACACCAUGUCGGAGAUUGUCAAGAAGGGUAUUGAAGCUGUCACGGCUGAUCUUCAACGCGAAUCGGAGGAGAAACUCUGGCAGGAGGGCAUCCUGCGGCAUGUGCCCGUUGUCGGACGCGUUUUCAACUGGUGGUCCCCACCAGCCAAGGAGUCUGGCAUCAAGGGCCGAAGCCUUAAUCUAACCCAGGGCGUGGUCGAGAGCACGGAAAAUAUUUACAAGUAUCACAUGCAAAUGACUGGAGCAACGGCUCAUCAGCUGCCAGCGAAUCGUUCGCCACCAACACCCAUGGUGCAGACGCCAGUGGGUGCAACAUCCACGCAACAGCAGCCCGUCUUUCCCACUGUGGAGCCCGUGGCCGGAUCAGGUGAGGCUUCGCCUGACGUCCCCGAAGCGGGCUUGAAUUCAGGCGGUGCAGGUACGAUAGGCACAGCAGCAGUGCCUCCGCCCACUCUGAACCAUGUGGAUCAUGCUCGGACUGUCAGCCAGAGCAGUGCCAGCUCCUCGGUCGUCCCCGAAUUGGUGGCCGCAAACAGUGCAAUUACCAAUAAUUAAAAGCAAAAGUAAUUA